AUGAACGAAACUGAAGGUGGCUUUGCAGGUAUCGUGUGCAAAGACGGUACCCGGGUUGUGACUGGAGAUAUCCGCUUGACGGGUGUUGGCCUCGAUAGAGUGCAAUUUUUCCUCUUCGGCCGCGAACUCGACCUAACGAAGAUUGCUCAGAGCGAAGAGCUUGUCUUCGAGACCAUUGCAUCGCUAAUACCAACAGAGAUCACAUCCAACAAGGUGGUUUGGAUGAGCGACUUCCGGGCCAAUAUGCGGAUGGUGAAUAAGUUUGGCGAAGGUCGAGUGUUCGUUGCGGGCGAUGCUGCUCACGGGUGGUUAGGUAUGGGACUCGAUUCAGGUGUACAAGAUGCAUUCAAUCUAGGAUGGAAACUUGCACUUGUUGAGAAAGGGAUCGCUAACAAAUCUCUUCUCGAGACAUACAGUGCCGAGCGUCUUCCUGUGAUAUCAGAGAUGCUCGAGGUUAGCCAUGCCGCCCAAGAUGCUAUAAAGGUUUAG